UCUAAGCUUCAGAUUGUGAACACUGAAAUGUCCAACUUAAAAGACCGCAUGAAAUUUCCUCUCCAUGUUCCUUUGAUCAAGCCAGCAGCUCCUGCGUUUUUAUGAUCAUCUUUACCAUCUAGAUUGCUGUCCGCAAAUGCUUCAGAGCAAUGGAAAAAAUUGGAGAUUGAGAGGAAAAUCCUUGAGAGCUCCACGAUAUCUAGCUUGCAGCUUAGCUAUUAUAAUCUUGAUCUUCAGCUGAAGCUGUGCUUGUUAUGCUUCUCUAUAUUCCCAGAAAAUUCCAUUAUUAGCAAGAGGGCUAUGAUCCAUUGGUGGAUUGGUGAAGGGUUAGUAGAAGCCACAAGAAGUCAGACAACUGAAGAUAUUGGGAAGGAGUGCUUUGAGAAGUUGAUCACUGCAGAGAUGAUUGAACCUGUAUGUCAUAAACGUAACUGUAGUGUGAACCAAUGCAAGUUGCAUCCUUGGAUUCGGCGUAUGUUGGUCACCGUUGCAAGGCAAGAACGAUUUUUUGAAUUUGAUUCCGAUGGCAAUGCAACAUGGGGCUUUUCAGGUACUCGCCGUGCUUGUCUAGUAGGAGAACAUAUUCAGGCAACAGAAACGGCACCACUCAGAAAUCAGUCCAAUCCAGAUUACCUUCUUGCAAUAUUCAAUGUGAGCGAGCAAUACCUCCAGUUCGACAAGAAUUGGUUCUUGGAUUUGAGGAAGGUCGAAGUUCUCCAACUAGGUCGGUGGCAUAACUUGUACCGAUACCAUAUUGAGGUUGACAGCACUGAAUAUUUGGAAGGGUUGCAGUCAUGCAAACAAUUGAAAUAUCUUUGUCUGCGGGGUAUCUCCCGUAUCGCAGAGCUUCCUGCUUCAAUCGGCGCACUCUCAAAUCUCAGGAUCUUGGAUCUUCAUGCUUGUCAUAACCUUGAGAGGCUUACUGAGAGCAUCACGUCUCUUCAGAUGCUGACCCACCUGGACGUUUCAGAAUGCUACCUUUUGGAGGGCAUGCCAAGGGGCAUUGGUUUGCUUACUGAACUCCAAGUGCUGAAAGGGUUUGUCAUUGGUGGAUCUACAGGCAAGUACAAUUGUCAGGUAGCGGAGCUGAUCAGGCUGGGCAAGCUGAAGAAGCUAAGCAUAUAUAUUGGAAGCAAAGUUCUAGUGACAGAAGACGAACUGCAUGUAGUUGAGAACAUCAAAGCCCUUCGUGUGCUGACAAUUACAUGGGCUGUGUUGCUGUCAAAGAAAGGAGCGGGCCAACAAGAUUCUGCAGCAACAGCGUUGUUAAAUUCGUUAUCCCUUCCUCCCCAUCUCGAAAAGCUAGACUUGCGUUGCUUCCCUGGUGAGAACAUACCGGUUUGGUUGAGUCCGAGUAGGCUGUUGAGACUGCGGAGGCUCUACUUCACAGGAGGAAUGCUGAGCACUUUUGGAGAGAAGAGCAUGUCCGAGCAGUGGAACAUUGAGAUAUUGCGUUUAAAGUUCUUGAAUGACUUGGUACUACUCCCUCCAUCACAGUUUAAAGGGCGUACCUCACAUCUCUCUGGGCCCAAGGUCGCUAGCGAUUGGCAGGAAUAAAUGAUGCGCUGGAGCUGCGGUAGUUAAGGAUAUGUGCCUAAUUAAUCGCUAAACAAACGCAUAGUAAUCUCCCCGUCCAAUAAAAGGCCUCGCACAGCCAUGCAUGCAAACAAAACCGAUUCACACCUCCACCUAAAGUUUCAGUUCACACCAUGCAUGCGCACCAAGCGGAAGGAGUAAUUUCAGCGGGCUAAUUAAUGACCUGCGCCCUAUUUCCCUCUAAUUGUGAAAAAAAUUGGUUUUGGAGAUACGCCCUUUAAAGUGUGAUGGAGGGAGUAGAAUGGACCCAGGUGAAUGAGAUGUUUCCAAACCUGACCUUCCUGGAGGUAUUCAGAUGUAGCAACAUAGAAUCUUUUCCUUGUGACAAGGAUGGAGUGUGGAUGAACUACGACACCCAGGAAACCAGAGAGUAGAACAAAGCACCAAAUCAAGCUUUUUCAUGUGAGCGCAUUGUCAGGAGAGAGUGAUAUAUUGGAAAGCAAGUUUGAUCAGAGUCUCUACCAAAGUUGUGCAAGUUAUGGUCAGUCUCUCUCACACAUGUUAUUUCACGGCGUCAUGCAGAAGUUUGUUACGGCCUUCAAGUGAAAAUUUACCAGCCUUUUUAACUUUCUGCACAAUGUAUGUUUGUCUUGAAUUUUUGUCACAAUAUAUUUGUGAAAGCCAUAAAGGUCUGACACCUGCACAUUUUGUUUAUGAGGAAACCAGAAGCACUGAACAUUCAAUUCUACGUGGGUUCAAACUUAUUUUGCAGGGAGAAAUGGUACAUGCCUGUAGAUCUUCUUCUCACAGCCAUUCAUAAGAAUUUAUGCCAUAACUUUCAUGUGACAAAUCCAUAAAAUUCAUAUACAGUUGCUAUGUAGUUUUCUUUUGGUCCAUGACAGGCAUAUUGCCUACUUUACAUUUCCACUACUCAAGCUUAAGUUCCUGGCUAGAAGUUGAUGGUGCUAACGUUAGACUUUUUGCGAAGAUGUCUGCCAUUGCCUUGGCCAUUGACGGUAGCCCACCACAGGUCUGAAGAAUUUCCUCUUUCAGGUUGUUAAUAGCUGCGAGAUCGACGCUGUCUUUCCUUGUUCAGAGCAUCCAUAAAGAUCGCCCAGGCGCUCUCUCUGUCGGCCAGCGGCUCCACACGGUACACACUACCCUUCCUCACCAUCAUCUCUGCUGCCUGCUCCUGCCGGCUGGUAACGACCACAACUCCACCUCUCUCUUUGGGCAACCCAAGCAUAAGGCCAUUUUGCAAUUGUUCGCCCCUCGACAAGGCAUUUUCAUGGCCUGCGAUGUCGGCGUACCAGUCGUCGACGUUCCAGACAUCGUCGAAUACUAUGAGGUACCGCUUCCCCUUGAGCUGCUCAUGGACAGCUACCUCCAGGUCUCCCAGGCUAUCAAUGGCCAGUAUGAACUCCUCUUCAAGUCCGAGGGCCAUAAGUAUGCUCUGCAAGACUUCAUUGCGCACGUCCUUGCCAAUGCAAGAGGUGCGCGACAGGCACACCCAGAUCCUGGGGAAGAAGCGGCGCCUGGCCAUCGGGCUGUUGAACA